UAAAUUGUUUACAUACAUUUGAACAAAAACAUUAAACAUGUUAAAAGCAAAACACUUGUGGCACAAAAUUGUUAAAAUUUUUGUAUUUUGUUUAUAAAUGUGACUUGAAAUUGUAGCAAAUUUAUGAAAUUCAUUUAGUUUAUGUAAACCAUUGCUAAUAACGAAAUGUUGUACCCCAAAGUGCUGAUAGCUAUAUUUUCAAUAGCAUUUUUAAAUGUGGUUUUUGCCGCAACUGAGAAGAUUGAGGACUGCGAUUUUCCCUGUGAGGUAAAUGACACAAAACCGGUUUGUGUCUUGGAUAGAGAUGAGUUUUGUUUCCGCAUAUUACCCUCAAAAUGUGUUAUGGAACGCAUGCAAUGUAUAUUUGAAAAAGAUUAUAUGAUUUAUAUUGAUAUGUACUGUGAAUUGGAGGCUUUCAUGUGUGAAGAUCAGCCCUUAAUUCAAUCUCCACCCGAAGACAGUGAACAGGAACAUAGUGAAAGUUCUGAAGAUAAUGUUGAUGUGAUUCUCAAAAACGACCAUGAAAAACUUGAAGAUCUCAAUGAACCCAUUGAAAAUGUAGUUGAUUUAAAUGCUAGUGAAGCAAGUGAUGUUGAAAAUAUUGAUAAUAAUUAAUAAAUAAUGUUAUUGUACAAUACAAUGGAAAA